AUGGCCAGGAACAUGGGCAUUCCGCCCACCUUCCGAUGCUCGAUACGGCUGGGUGCGCCGUGCAUCGCGGCGCCAGGGCGUGAGAUGGCCAUGCGGCACAGGGCCGAGGCCGCCAGCGCAGAUAUGGCGGCCGUGCGCGACGCCCGUGAGAAGAUGCCGCGACUCCUCACGCAGCUCGGCGUCGCCCCGCGGGACACCUUCAACCUCGACGAGACUGCUCUCUGGCUGUCGGUGCUUCCGCGGCGCACGUUACAGCAGCGGCCGCAUACCAGGCCGCAAGGUCUCGAAAGGAGCGAUUGGCCGUCGCAUUCCUCUGUGAAUGCGGACGGUAGCCAUGCAUUCCGGCCGCUUGUGAUCAGCAAGGCGAAGAGGCCGCAUGACUUCCGGCCCGACUACGACCCUGAGGCGCUAUGCUACUGGCGCCAUAACGCCAAAGGCUGGAUGACCUCGCCAGCGCCGACGACCAUGCAGGCCGUCUACGACGACGCCGACCCCGUGUGCCGUGAAGCGCGCCGCACUGCUCGUGCGGCGUGCGAGAUGCUCAUCGGCUACGCCCGGGGCCACCCGCAUCACUCCGCGCGAUCUGUGCGCUCUUUUUGA